CGCAAGUGUUAGCGGCGUAAGCUGCAUGAAUGAACUGAAGACCUGGCGAAGUUGUUGUAGCGUAGAUAAUUGUUGAAUUUGUGAUGGAACAACAAUGUCUUCAGUUGAGUAUUUGAGGGAGUUUGUCAACGAGCGACUAACUGCUGCUGCUGAUGAAAUAUUCGGAGUUUUUAGAAAAACUAUCGUCGAGUACGAGGAAGAGAUCGAUCGGCAGCGCAAACUGCUCGAUAUGUUUUGGAAACCUGAAAUAAAGUUACACCGGAUAAAGCUCCCACAGCAACAUGUGUGCACGGAGGAGGAGGUUCUCUGUGACCAGCAGCCCUGUAUUGAGGAGAGGACCUCCAGUCUGGACCAAGAGGACCCAGAGCCUCCACAGAUUAAAGAGGAACAGGAGGAGCUCUGCACCAGUCAGGAGGGACUGCUGCUUGUACUGAAGCAGGAGACUGAUACCUUCACGUUGACUCCUACUUAUGAUGAAGAUGACCACAGUCAAGCAGAAACAAACAGUGACCACCAGCUCCUCUGUCACAACUCUCAUGUGGCCGAGAGGCGAGAUCAGAAAGGAGGCAGGCAUGGAGACUCAGGACCAACAAGAAAUGCUCAGCCAAAACCAAAGGCAAGACAUCACAACAGAGAGAGACACAGGAAUGAUGCAUACAACUCUGACUUGUCAGAGAUUAACUGUGGUGCUAACACAGUUAAAAAGCCUGUCAAAUGUGACAUAUGUGGAAAGGCUUUUAAGUGUCAAUCCAAAUUAAAUAUACACAUGAGAAACCACACAGGUGAGAAGCCUUAUUCUUGCGACACCUGUGGAAAAAGAUUCAGUCAGACGUCAGUAUUGAACGCUCAUUUAAGAAUCCACACAGGUGAGAAGCCGUAUUCUUGCAACACAUGUGGGAAAGAGUUCAGACUUAAUGGCGUCUUGAAGGUCCACAUGAGAGUGCACACAGGUGAGAAGCCGUACCUUUGCACCACCUGUAGGAAGAGAUUCUGUCAGAUGCACGACUUGAAACGACACAUGUUAGUCCACACUGGUGAGAAGCCGUAUACUUGCAAAACAUGCGGCAAAGUUUUCAGUCGAAGUACUAACUUGAAAGUCCACAUGAGAGUGCACACAGGUGAGAAGCCGUAUUCUUGCAAAACAUGCGGCAAAGUUUUCAGUCGAAGUCGUAACUUAAAAGUCCACAUGAGAGUGCACACAGGUGAGAAGCCAUACCUCUGCAAGACCUGCGGAGAGAGCUUUGCUGACUGGUCCACAUUGAAAAAGCAUACGUUAAUUCACACAGGCGAGAAGUCGUACGUUUGCAAAACCUGCCAGAAGAGAUUCUGUCGGAUGUCACACUUGAAGAGACACAUGCUCGUCCACGCUGGUAAGAGACCACUUGCCAGACGUGUAGGAAAGAUUUCAGAAACAACAAUGUCUUCAGUUGAGUAUUUGAGGGAGUUUGUCAACGAGCGACUAACUGCUGCUGCUGAUGAAAUAUUCGGAGUUUUUAGAAAAACUGUCGUCGAGUACGAGGAAGAGAUCGAUCGGCAGCGCAAACUGCUCGAUAUGUUUUGGAAACCUGAAAUAAAGUUACACAGGAUAGAGCUCCCACAGCAACAUGUGUGCACGGAGGAGGAGGUUCUCUGUGACCAGCAGCCCUGUAUUGAGGAGAGGACCUCCAGUCUGGACCAAGAGGACCCAGAGCCUCCACAGAUUAAAGAGGAACAGGAGGAGCUCUGCACCAGUCAGGAGGGACUGCUGCUUGUACUGAAGCAGGAGACUGAUACCUUCACGUUGACUCCUACUUAUGAUGAAAAUGACCACAGUCAAGCAGAAACAAACAGUGACCACCAGCUCCUCUGUCACAACUCUCAUGUGGCCGAGAGGCGAGAUCAGAAAGGAGACAGGCAUGGAGACUCAGGACCAACUAGAAAUGCUCAGCCAAAACCAAAGGCAAGACAUCACAACAGAGAGAGACACAGGAAUGAUGCAUACAACUCUGACUUGUCAGAGAUUAACCGUGGUGCUAACACAGUUAAAAAGCCUGUCAAAUGUGACAUAUGUGGAAAGGCUUUUAAGUGCCAAUCCAAAUUAAAUAUACACAUGAGAAGCCACACAGGUGAGAAGCCUUAUUCUUGCGACACCUGUGGAAAAAGAUUCAGUCAAGCAUCAGUAUUGAAUGCUCAUUUAAGAAUCCACACAGGUGAGAAGCCGUAUUCUUGCAACACAUGUGGGAAAGAGUUCAGACUUAGCAGUAUCUUGAAAGUCCACAUGAGAAUGCACACAGGUGAGAAGCCGUACCUUUGCAAGACCUGCCGGAAGAGGUUCUGUCGGAUGCCAGACUUGAAGAGGCAUAUGUCGAUCCACACUGGUGAGAGACCAUAUUCUUGCAAAACAUGCGGGAGAGAUUUCAGACUCAACAGCAACUUGAAAGUCCACAUGAGAAUGCACACAGGUGAGAAGCCGUACGUCUGCAAGGUCUGUAGGAAGAGAUUCUGUCGGAUGCCAGACUUGAAAAGACACAUAUCGAUCCACACUGGUGAGAGAGCUUACACUUGCAAAAUAUGUGGGAAAGAUUUCAGAGUGAGCAGUGAGUUGACAGUCCACGUGAGAAGAGCCCACACUGGUGAGAGGCCGUACCUUUGCAAGAUCUGCGGGAAAAGAUACUUUAAUGCGUCUCAUUUGUCGAGGCAUAUGAGAUCGCACACAGGCAAGUAGCCUUUUGUUUUCAAACGGCUCGCUUCUGUCGGCUCACGAUCAAAACACAGAAGAACUGACAAGUGAGGAGCCGCUUAGUUGCAACACUCUUGGGAAAACUUUGACUCAAGUCACAUGCUUGAAAAAACACCUGAGGAUCAAUAUACUGUACAGAGGAGAAACCAUGGAGCUGAAGCUCCUGUGGAGACGUGUUCACCUGCUCACUCAAAUGCACUUUUGCAAUAGUUACGUCUCUGUAACUGAAUGUGUCCCAACUUCCCUUUGAGACGAGGGCGCAAUAUGUGUGGCGAAGUUGUGCAUUUUUAACUACGCUGUCAAGUUUCGACGGAUUAACCUCCCUCAUAUUUCGAUUGGCAACGGCAUUUCUUGAAAACAACCAUGUCCAAAAUCUUUAAAAGAAAAUGUUCGUUGCACAGUGAGUGAAUAGUUCCAACAAAUGUUUGACCUGUCAUAUGAAUAUUCUUUCUUACUAUUUUUAUACUUUACCUCAGUUAUAUGAGUGGAUUGUGAACUCUGUCGUGAAUCCUCUCUCCCGGUGUUCGGUCACUUAUGUUGUCAUCCUGUCUAGUAGUUAGUUUUAUGUAUUUUCUAAUUAGAUAAACGUGAUAGUAUUUUUAAUGUUUUGGGAUUUUAGAGGUGACACACAAACCAAAUUGUAGGUGAUGUAUUAUGUGGUGUUGUCAAAGAGUUAUGUGACUAGUGACAACAUAUUUCUUUAAUUGCCAUCUGUUUAGACUGGGAAGGUUGAUGGAUUCCAUGAAUUACAAACAAUUACACGAGUAACUCUAAGCAAUAUUUAGUGAACUCUAUUUUUAAUGCUCAUGCUACAUGUAUUCAGGUACUGUCCUUAAGUACAACAUCGAUUGUCUAUGUCGGGUCGGCAACCCGCGGCUCUUUCAUCCCUCUGAUGCGGCUCCUGAAAAUAAUUAGUGAGCAUUUAUUUAAAAUGUAUUUUAUUUUAGUUUGUUCGUUUUUAAAACAAAUCGCGCGCGGCUCUCAGAUGACAGUUUAUGAUCCUGCGUAAAGAUGCAGGUGACGGCGCACACUGUGUGCUGAUGUGCAGACACUGUGCGCCGAGGUUCAGGAGCAGAAAUCGCUUGCACGCAGAAAUGUCAUUUCGUUUUCUCUGCAGUCGUUCAGUGAUCUCAUAAACGCGACACAUUAUCGUUUGUUUGUACAUAGUAUAAAGGCAAAAAAGCGUUAUAUGCAGCGUUAUUUUAUUUUACAUGUCAGAAGGGUUUUGUGGCUCCCAGUGUUUUCUUUACUGUGGGAAACGGGUCCAAAUGGCUCUUUGAGUGGUAAAGGUUGCCGACCCCUGGUCUAUGUAAUGACUGUGGUGAAGUUAGUUUUAAGGUGGAUGUUCACGGGGGAUCCAGUGGUGUCCUCUCACUCAAGAGGAGAAGAAGUGUGUCCGGUGGGGAUGACAGCAGUGACACAAACUGACAAGAUAUUUUAGGACGGGGAGAAGGAGGACAGUACUUUGAUGUGUUUGACCUUUAAAGGAGAAUUGGCGGAGAAACUGUGCUGAUUGUACAGAUCUUCUGUGCUGUCGGGUUGAAGAUGUGUUUGAAGCAUCCAUGAUUUACACUUUGUAGCCUCUUGGCAGCAACGUCCAUCUUUAAAACAUUGUAGUCCACUACAAGCUCAUUGGUUUUGCAGAUAUUGAGCUUCAGGGGGUUGUCGUUGCACCAUGUGAUGUACUUUUCUGUAAAAUUAGUCUCUAAGUGAAGACAGCAUGUUUCUCACUGGAGCAUACAUGUAAAUACAGUGAUAACUUCCAUUUCACCCAGAAAUACACCUCAUACCUUUUUUUAAAAUCCCUUCAGAGUCGUCACUGCAUAUAUGAGUCUGGACAGACAUGUAUGUGAAUGCAACUUGACUGGUCGAUGGAGGCAACAAUCAAAAGUAAACCGCACUCAUGCUUCAUGUGCAAGAAAUGAAUGUAUUUGGUGCACAUAGCCUUGUCGUCACACUCAAUUUGGCCUUGGACAAAACCUCCACAACGAAAAAACAUGAAAUAAAUGUCAAGACACUACUGAACAGCCAGCGGACAACUUAGAGAGCUUACGAUCACUUUUAGAAUGAGUUGACCUCUGACCUCAUGUUCUCGUGUAGUCUCCCAGGCGCUCAACGGAUGGAGGGGAUGACCCGGCACCCGUCCAGCCCAAGAGCCAGCUCUUACUGUCUGCUGGCCAGCCUACACCACUCUUCACACUAACUGAAUUAAACAGAGCAAAGCAACAAUCAGUCACAAAAACGUGUAGCAUACGUAUAUGAGGCCACUGUAGCGUGCAUCUCUCUAGCAUGUAGCUUUACAUAGUGAAGGGAUACAGGUUUUGAUUGGUCCUCCGUCUCUAUCGGAAACUGUGUCAGAUUGGUGCAUAUUAGCACACAGUUUCUCAUGGUACUGUGCAGAAAGGCAGACCUUCCCACCUGCUGCCCAUAGGUCGCCAGAAAGGACUGUCACUCAUCUGUGUUACAUAAUGAAAGUUCAAAGUUUAAGGCUGUAAAACUUCACAUCUUUGUCAUUUUUAUAAAAAUCUGUUUUAUUCUAGCAUAUUUAUUCUGGUUGUGAUAAAGUGCACAUACCUGUCUUAAAAUAUCUAGAAAUCAGUACAGGUUUUGGUGACAUCAGGAAGCCCUCCGAUCACAGAUCCUGAUUUUAAUAUGCAAGCCCCAUACAUAAAUGGAACUGUUGAAAUAUAUUCUGAAUGAAACUGACUCAAACUUCUGUUAGUUCUUGUUGUCACCAGGACUCUUGAUGAAGACAUCUGAUGCAGGCUCUGGCAGUUUGGCCCUGCUCUGUGUUUGAUGGUGUUAUGACAGUGUGACCACAAAUGCAUGUAAUGGUGCCAAAUAGUUUAAAAGUGGUGCACGGAGUUUUAGCUGUUCAUUUUCCAUUGAUAGGACUGUGGAAAUGGGAAGUACAGACAUUAUUGUUCUCCAGUAGUUUCUAUGUUAGCUAAAUAAUGUGUGCUGUGGCAUUAGCUGCCGCCCGCCACUGAUUUCCUACUAUUUUUCUCACAUUUUGCUCUACAUUUUCCUCAAAUAAUGACACUACACUGGUCUUUUGUGUUCACAUAUAACUCUGUUGUUUAUGUUUGGACAUCUUUAACGCUGUUUGAUGCCGUUAUUGGUCAAGUUUGCCCUCAUGUCUGCGUGAGGCUAUUGACAUCCUUUGAGUUUCUUAUACAUCAGGAUUAAUUUGCUUUUGUUAUUUGUUAUCGAGCUUAUAAACUUUAUUAAAUGCAUUUUUUUCCA